CUCUGGGAUAUUCGUGAUGGACAAUGCAAACAUACCUUUCCUGGACACGAAUCCGAUAUCAAUGCGAUAAUAUUCUUUCCUAGCGGACAUGCCUUUGCUACUGGCAGUGAUGAUGCUACCUGUCGGCUCUUUGAUAUCCGAGCUGAUCAGGAGGUCGGAAUGUAUAGUCACGACAACAUAAUUUGCGGUAUUACUAGCGUAGCUUUUAGCAAAAGUGGUCGUCUCCUUUUGGGUGGCUAUGACGAUUUCAACUGUAACGUUUGGGACACCUUAAAGCAAGAAAGAGCAGGAUGCCUUAACCUGGAUACCGUAUGCUCUUACAAUCAUGUUGCUUUAAUAUUAGCCAACUAA